AUGUUCACAAACACCCUGGAGGCGUUAGACGUCUUCCAGAAUGCCAUCGAUUGUGUUCAGUGGUAAGAACAUUCUAGAAAUAUAACCUAAAACCCUGAAAAUGCAAAAAUUUUUAGCAGAAAACCGAGCAAACACCUCCAGUACCUCGGAACUUCGUGCAAACACGCGCAUUGCUGGUUAGCGGUCUUAAAAUUCGCUGAAAAAGCAAAAAAUAUUUAAUUUUAAGGGACUGCAUCGGCGAAAUGACCCGAAAAACGCCGGGAAGACGGGCAGCACCGCGAACAUUGUGCCCUUCUUGCGCUUUUCCGCUGGAUACCACCAAAAUUCAGGGUGCUCAUGUGCUCAACUCGUGCUUCGAGACUCUCACAGAGCUCCGCGAGCUCAUAACCGAAGUAAAAACAUUUUUGAGAUUUUUUGGAUUUUUUUUUUAAAUUCCAGGUUCAACGUACACCGCUAACACAAGCGGAAAUAUCGUGUACUCAGCGAUUUCUCGAUGAUUUUCGCGAAAAUUCGCCCGGAGAGCAACGAAGAGCCAUAGAGAAGUUUCUGGAGACUCAGGCGCACAUGCCCGACGAAUUGGGGCAGCCGGAGGACGAAUCCGAAGAGAAAAGACGCGAAAAUCGGUGGGAAAUGGAUUUCAUGGAGCCCUUCUCACUCCCAAAAAUUCGAAAUUUCAGCGAAUCUUCAAUAUCGCCCGAAUUAGACCUUUUCAAUGAUUAUCAAGAAGUUUCGGCCUCGUGAGUUUCUUUUCUUUUCGGAAAAAAAUUAAAACGGAUUUUCAAUCCAGAAAUUGCAGAAAGCGCACAUCGGUGAAACGUGGCUCUUCGGCGCUGAAUACGGACGACGAGCCGGAGCAGAAGCCGAAAAAACAGUCGAUUCUGAAAAAUCCGGCGAAAAAAACGAAUCCGAAUCAGAGUUUCGACAUUUUCGCAUCACAAAUACAGACCCGAAAACGCGAGGAUGGCAAUUUGACGCCGUUUGUCAAUGUAAACCUGCGUUUUUGGGAUUCCUUUGAAAUUUCCUCAUUUUUUCAGCGUCGCUCCACAGCUCCGACGCCUUCCAGUUCCGGAAUGGUCGGAAUGUUCGCCGAGCCGUUCAGGAGCAAUUCUUCUGAAAAAACUGCUGUCAAACAAGAGGUUCUCGAAAAAUCGAGAAAAAAUAUUGAGAAAAUCUUCCAGAUCACCAGCGACGACCCGUUCACAAAACCGAUAGUACUGAAAAAGCGGAUGGCUUCGAUGGAAGCACAGGCCGAAAAAGAGCUGAAAACGGAGAAGACGGAAGUGAAAAUUGUGAGAAAGGUUAGGAACAAAUAAUGGAGUUUUCGGGUCUAUGAUGGACCGUCUAUCUGAGCGAUCAGGAUCCAGGUUCUUUACUGAUAACCAGGACCAUUUCUGGGCCUGUCAUUUCUCAAUAUUUGGGACCUGUGAGUCAACAAAAAUUGCAGGAGAUCCCUGAGCUCGAGGAGCCGUCCGAAGCGACGACGAAACGAAGAAGUUCGGUGCGUUUUGCAGAAUUUCAAGAAAGAUCACAGUCGCCGAUGAGUUCCGGAGACAAAUCGAUGAGUUUGAGGCCCGAACAGGUACGCUCCUACAGAGGAGUAUACAGAAAAUCUGAAGAAAUGCCAAUAUUUCAAGCUUUUUAUGCAAUUUUCCUAUUUCUUUAAAAAUUAUGUUUUUCAGCGUCGCUCGUCGUACGGAACUCGUCGCGGAGAGGUGGUAAUCAUCAACUCGAUCCUCAACAAUCGAAUUCCGCAACUAAAAAGUGCGGUCGAGGCGGGAACGUGUGUGAAUGAAAAGGAUAAUUGCGGAAAGACGCCGCUGUUCGUGGCCGUCGAGCACAAUUCACUCGAGGCCGUCCAGAUUCUCGUCGAGGCCGGCGCUGUUAUCAAUGCCUGUUGUGGGUUUUCGAUUAACAAAGCUGCACAAAUUCCGCGCAAUUUCACAUUUUCAGGCGGUCCCACGUACGAAACGACGCUCCACGAGGCGAUUCGCCGCAAUAACUAUCAAAUAGUCGAAUAUUUGCUCUUGAAAGGGGCGAGCCUCAAAAUCCGAAAUAUCGGCGGAAAAACGGCCGAGGAGACGGCGAGAAACGAUCCGAAAAUGAGGAAAAUUGUGGACAAAUUCAAGAGUGGACACUUUUUGCAGCCGGGUAAGAAACAGAAAUUUUCGCCUCGUUUCGAUUCUCUUCUUCGAAUCGCCACUCGAAUAUUGCAGUUCGAUCGCUGUGACUCUGAUAUUUUUUGCAAAUUUUUCGUUGCUCUUUUCAAGUAAUAGGUGUGAUAGACACGUUCAUGAAGAGAAAUGGAAAGAUGAAUCGGUAUUCCUCCCGCGGCGGCGCGCCAGCCAACGCGGACGGUUUGCGGACGCCGAAACGCUUUCGAACGUUUUCGUCGGAUUCCUGAUAUAGAAACUAUUUCUUUCAGUAAUUCCACCUCCCAAAUCGAAAAUUCACUUUGUCAAACUGAUCGACGAAAAGCUGCUGACCGAUGCGGAAAAGAAGAAAUUGCCGGGCAAAAUAAAUGUAAGCCAAAAAAAAAACAAUCCUUUGUUUGAAUUAGUUACAUGAUUUAGUAAAUUCGAAGGCAAAAACUCAAGAAAAGAGUUACUUUUGUAGCUAGUCACCCCGGAAAUGGAUACGCCCACACACGUCGUCGUACAAGUGGACCGAAAAACGAAAGUGCUCAAUAUCAGUAAAGAGCACAUUGGCGAAGUGCUCAAGGCCAUCAUAAAGUGCGAACAAUUUCCGAUGAACAAUACCUAAUUUUUUGCAUAAUUCCGUUCCUGUUCCUAUCGAUUUUCUUUGAUUUUCCUCGAACGUUUCACGAAUUUCGUUUGCAGAUCAGGAAUGAUAGUGAGCCGUGAGUGGCUGAAACACUGCAUAAUCGACGCCGCGGGAGUCGACGACGAUCGCCAUUUUAUGGUGAAAAAAGUGCAGUGGAUGGACGGACGCAUAUUCGAGAACACGAUUAACGAGUGGAAAAAGGCCAGCACGAGGAUGGUAGGCAGUUUUUUUUUUUGCAAGCCUGAAACGGGCGGUCUCAGGUUCGGUCUUUCGUUCUGCUGCGCUUGUCAGCGAAGUGUGUUUUAUUUAUGAAAAAAGAUAAUUUUUUCAGCAACCGAAACUGUUUGCCGGCUGCAAAUUCUACUUUCCAAGGCCAAAAUACAACUUUUUGGGUGAGUAUGUUUAGGGACCGCAACGGGUUUCGCAGAACUCCGAAUUUCCAUAAAAUUUUUGACGGAAUGUGUUCCCCCACUCUAUAUGAGUACGCUCCCAAUUUUUUUUUCCAAAAUUUUCGGUACAACCCGAGUUACACCCGUUCAAAGUUGCCCUGUUUUCUCCCGGGUCGGCGGCUGAGGAGGGGCGUGGCCUCGCUUGCAAGUUUACCGCACGCGUUUUUUCUCAUUAUCUGGUGGACCAAACUAAAGAGUCAACAUUUUAAAUGAACAGAAGUGAUGUUCUAAAAAAGCAAAACCACUUUUGAGGUCAAAAGUUUCGAACCCGACACCUCAAAAUAGCCGAGCGAGCACUCUGCCACUGCGCCACCCAGGCGGAGGCGCGCCCACCGCCAAUCACGUUGAAAAGCUCGGUGUGCGCGGCCCCUUACAGGGGUGAAGUUAGUGCAUUUUCGCGCUGAAAUUCGAAACAUAUCUGACUGUAACUUUUUUCGGCAACGUGGAAAAUUUUUAUGCUAAACGGAAUUUUGUUGAGAAUUUCACGCAGAAUCCGAUUCCGUAAAAAUUAGCCGUGUGAACGGUACCUGUGACCCUCAAAUCCUCGAAAAACUAAAAUUUCGGCUGAAUAGGCGUUACUCAAUCGAACACAAAAAUGCUCCUAGGGUGUCUAGAGCUUUCAAAAUUUAUAUUUGGGUUCUCAGAGAGUGUAUCCAUAGAUUCCGAAAAUAAAAAAAAGGGGUCAUCGCUGAAAAUUUUCCGCUAACUUUUCUGGCAGUUUGAGGAUCUGUAAAAAAUUUCGGCAACGUGGAAAUCUAAAUUUUACUUCAAAAACGGAUUCCCCAUCCCUUAAACUAUCGGAAUCACUUGAAAAUAGGCGUGUGAUCCCAUAAACUUGGCCACACAGGAUCUCAGACUGACUUCCAUUUUCGUUUUCGCGGUUUUUUGGAAAAACGGUGCGUUUUCACGGGAAACUGAGUUGUUCAUUGGAUUCAGCAUGGUCGAUUACAUAAAGUAAACCGUUUUGGGUAUGGUACUUCAUUUGGGGACCUCGGUACAGACCGUCAAACACGCGCGCGCGAAAAUCGGGAGAAAAUUCGUCAGGCCACGCCCCCUUUGUUGCGCCCCCUAAGUAUGUUUUUUCGUUUUGUUUUUUCGUUGCUUUUCGAAGGCCUUUUGAGACUGGGACUUUUCACCUAGUUGCUAUGAUCCGAUCGGGCUCAAACUUUGCAGGCUUCUUGGAAUUGGAUUGAAGCAUGUUGGGUCCGAGUUUCAGACCGAUCGGAUUAUCUGGUCCCGAGAUAUGUGGAUCAGAGGCCGCAAUUUUCGCAAAAACCCGGCCGUUUCGGCCUCAAACCAGUAUAUCUCGGGACCAAAUGUUCGGAUCUACCUGAAACUUGGGCCCAAUAUACUUCAAUCCAAGUCCAAGAAAUCUGCGAAGUUUGGUCCCGAUCGGAUCAUUGCAAGUGGGUCAAAAGUGCAGACCUCAAAAAGCCUAGAAGAGAGAAUUUCGGAAAUUUCAGACCGCGCGACGCUCGUCGAAAUUGUGCGUUCGGCGGGCGGACUGGCGAUGACCCGUGAGCCGAUAUUAAACGAGCACGAUCCGAAACCGUAUCACAAUCCGAACGCGAAGACGAACGUCUACAUUGUCUACAGUUUGACGCACGAUGUAAGCCUGAGCUUUUGGGAUUCCCUCGACUUUUUGCAAUUUUUUGCAGAUUGGCGACAAAUUUCGCAACUGUGAACGGUACAAUUUGGUGUGCGAACAGUGGCUCAUCGACGCGGUGCUCGGCUGCUCGAUCACCGAAGGCGCCUACUGA